AUGGUGGAAAACAAGAACAGCAUCUACGCACUGAGCAUCCGCCAUAGCAGCGACAUGACAGAAACAGAGCUGGCAGACAACCACGCCAAAGCCCAUGCAAGCAGAGACGAUGUCUUUGAUCCCACGUACAAAGAGAAAGAAGGGCCGAAGCCACCGCUCAACAUAGUGUGGAAAAAUGUUUUUCUGAUGGCGCUGUUGCAUCUGGGGGCCCUGUACGGCGUCUAUCUGAUCCCCUCUGCAUCCGUGCCAACCCUGCUCUGGUCGGUGUUGUGUUAUACGGUCAGUGCGUUGGGGAUCACAGCCGGAGCUCACCGUCUCUGGAGUCACCGGUCGUACAAGGCCUCACUGCCCCUGAGGAUCUUCUUGGGACUGGCCAACUCUAUGGCUUUCCAGAACGACAUAUAUGAGUGGGCGAGAGACCACAGAGUCCACCAUAAGUACUCCGAGUCGGACGCAGACCCUCACAACGCCAAACGAGGAUUCUUCUUCUCCCACAUCGGCUGGCUGCUGGUGCGGAAGCAUCCGGACGUCAUCGAGAAGGGACGCAAACUGGAGCUGAAGGAUCUGACCUCUGACCCCGUUGUCCAGUUUCAGAGGAAGUACUACAAGGUGUCAGUGGUGGUCAUGUGCUUCAUGGUGCCCAUGCUCGUGCCCUGGUACUUCUGGGGGGAGUCUCUGUGGGUGUCGUACUUUGUGUCGUCUCUGCUGCGCUACACCGUGGUCCUGAACGCCACCUGGUUGGUGAACAGUGCGGCUCACAUGUGGGGGAACCGCCCCUACGACAAGACCAUCAAUCCCAGAGAGAACAAGUUUGUGGCCUUCAGCGCGCUCGGAGAAGGCUUCCAUAACUACCACCACACGUUCCCGUACGAUUACGCCACCAGUGAGUUUGGCUGCAGAGUAAACCUGACCACCGGCUUCAUCGACCUCAUGUGCUGCUUAGGCCUGGCCUCCGACGCCAAGCAAGUCUCCCGGGACCUGAUCCGGACCAGGAUGCACCGCACCGGGGACGGGACGCAUCGUGGCUGA